UGAGAAUAUUUGUGCGCCAAUGAAGAUUCGGGCGAAAACCGUGCACGUCUAUGCAAUCAGCUGAUAAGCCCUUGACAGCUUAUUGUAAGUAAGUAAACAAACAACAUUUGCAGCAAGGCUUAAGCGACCUUAAUAACUGUUGUAUUGUCUUACUGAUUAAUAGCAAAACUAUGUGAUACGGAAAAUGUGUAACGAACAGUGUUUGGAUUUUUUUUCACGGUGGAGAUUAUGGAUUCGCCCUCUAUUUAUUGCAGCUUAUGCCUUGGCUGCCCUAGUGUUUGUACCUCUGUUUUUGAUAAAAUCUCUUGAAAAUGGUUUUAACAGGCACGAUCUAGAAGUUCUUAUUGCUGGUGUUUUUGUGGGGGUCGCAAUUCCCAUUUCUCUAUGGGAGAUCAUCCAACAUGUAAUACAUUACACCCAGCCCAGCUUGCAAAAGCAUAUAAUCAGGAUAUUAUGGAUGGUGCCCAUCUAUGCCCUGAAUGCUUGGUUGGGAUUGACUUAUCCAGAGGCUUCAGUUUAUGUGGAUAGUGCCCGAGAAUGCUACGAGGCUUAUGUGAUAUAUAAUUUUAUGAAAUACCUUCUCAACUAUUUAAAUAUGGAAAUGGACCUAGAGGCUAGUCUGGAGUGCAAGCCUCAAGUGAAGCACAUUUUUCCGAUGUGCUGUUUACCCAAUUGGGAAAUGGGAAGGCCGUUUGUACACAUUUGCAAGCAUGGAAUCCUUCAGUAUACUGUAAUGAGGCCCCUGACUACUGCCAUCUCAUUCAUUUGCAAGAUAUGCAAUGUUUACGGAGAUGGCCAGUUCAAGUUUAAUGUUGCAUUUCCUUAUCUGGUUCUAAUCAAUAACAUAUCGCAAUCGUCAGCAAUGUAUUGCCUGAUCAUGUUCUAUAAAGCCAGCAAAGCCGAGCUGCAACCCAUGAAGCCUUUGCCCAAGUUUUUGUGCAUUAAGGCUGUGGUUUUCUUCUCGUUUUUCCAAGGAGUGCUCAUAGCGUUUUUCGUCUAUACUGGAGCGAUCAGUUCUUCAGAACCAGACAUAGAUGGUGUGUCUUUAUCUACACGCCUACAGGAUUUCUUAGUCUGCAUAGAAAUGUGCCUUGCAGCGAUUGCACAUCACUAUAGUUUUUCAUAUUUACCCUACGUUAGUCCUGAAACAAGGCCGCAAACGUGCUGCAGUGCCUUUUUGGCCAUGUGGGAUAUCUCAGAUGUUGGCAGAGAUGUGCAAGAACAUCUGGGAAUAGUCACUUCGUCUAUAAGUAGACGGAUCAGAGGCCGUAGCAUGUACUCAAUUCCGCGUGGGAAUGACGAGUAUCAGCAUUUGGUGUCUCCUCGAGCCGGCCAAAGUGUACCGGCAGAUUUUUAUCAGAAUUUUGAUGAAGUUGUAGUAAACUAUGGCACAGUUAAUACACAUCCUGUGCAAACUCACAGCGCUGAAACGCGAACGAAACGUGUUUAAUAUGGACUGACUAAACCCCUAUGUUUCGGAGUUACUAAGUAGUUCCACUUAAUUUUUAUAUUUACUUUAUUAUACCAAGAGUUUAUGAAGGCGUUGGAGUAUUGAUUGAGUAGGAAACACAGGGGGUUGCAAAGGUUUGUUGAUGUGUUCCAGUCGAAGUACUCUUUUUCCCCCAGUUUUUUAUUUUUGCAUGAAUUUGUAUUGUAUAUAAAUUAAUAAAUUGAUUAACAGCAA